CGAUUACGACUAGCACAUUUCUCGGUAAAGGAAUAUUUGAUCUCAGACCGGGCGGCGCAGGGCCCCAGUGCCUACUAUCAUAUUUCGGAGGAGAAGGCCAAUUUACGGAUGGGGCACGCUUGUCUUGGUCGAAUUCUCCGGCAUAGCGGAGAAGGUACUGAACAUUGGAACGAAGCCGAAAAAUUGUCAUUCCUCUACCACAGCGCUCGCCAUUGGUUCACGUACUUUAGAUCAAUUGAGUAUACGGCACCCACUCCACUCUCCGAGGCUGCGGUAAAGGUCCUCGAGCUUGGCCAAGCCUGGCUAGGUAUACAUGACCCCGACCGUCCCUGGCAGUCUCCACCCUUGGGACCCUGGCCCCGCCCACCAGCAAUCUACUAUUGCUCCUUGUUAAAUCUAGCGACAGCCUGUAAAUUACUAGUCAAUAGAAAGGAGGAUGCGGUUAACGUGAAUACCCAGGGUGGCCGUUAUGGCAAUGCAUUACAAGCAGCUGUAGCAGAUGCAACCGAAUCGGUUGUACAGCUUCUCCUCGAGCGUGGGGCAGAU